AUGAACAGGAUCGAUGGCAGAAAACUCUGAACAUAAGCUUUAAAUAGUCGGCUCGAUCAGUUUUUUAAUCAAUUUUGUCGCUAAGAACACCAACGUGUUGUAUCAAGCACACAAGCCGGAACACAAAUUGCAAAGUUUAGACGUUUUUAAUAGCAGCCGUUUUAAUCGAGCCGCGACAUAAAGCGACGGUACAGAUGUCAAACUUACGGAGACCGCAGAAUGGAGAAACGGCAAAACAGAAGAACGCUGGACUCAUACGAACAGCUAAGAAUAUAAUAUUUGAGUUAGGGUUAUUAUAUUUACUUUGCUAUAUGCAUCGGAGUCGUGUUAAUUUUUAUUCUAUCAAUUUCUUGAUGGUCACAUGUACACAACAGGAUUGCGUAAUAUCUUUCUUCACGAUUUUCAAAAAGUUUUGAAAAAUUCCAAAUUCCUUUCCCCAAGCUGAACUUUACAUAUUCUGAAAGAUGAUCAACUCUAGUAUUAUCGUUCGUAAUCUUACGAAAUUCUGAGCAAAGGCACAUGCUCAAAAUUAUCGUUGUUUCGCCUACCGUUUAACGCAACACGGGAGAGCCCUAAGCUUUUGACUUCUCUUGAAUACUGGAAUUAAUCUAAUCUUUAUGAAAUCACGGUGUUUAGACUAUGAAAAGUUGUACAACAAUUGGAACUAUGAUAGCUUUUUCCAGCGCAGCUUUUUUGAUACGCGAGUCGAGUGAAUCAUGACCUAUUUUAAACCUGUUCGGUGUCGCCAAAUCGAUCUCGGGACUGAAAYCGAAACGUUUUCGUUUUUUCGGAAGCAAAUAAUUUUUUCGAGGAAAAAACUGCACAGCAAUUGUAUACUUCCUAAAGGGUACUUGUAUGCAAAAGAACAGCGAAUUUUAAUUUUUUAACUUUGCCGUGCAAUGUUUGAUUCUUGCACGGAUUUGCUCCUAAGUGUCCCUUCGUUAUCCACAAUCUGAGACAUUCAUUCCAAUAAACUAACCACCUGUUCGAUUGAAACGUUUGAUACACUUAAAGUGCAAUCGCUGACCUGCAGAAAUAAGAAGAGGAUUCUUGCACUGCGUGCUCAAUAGAGUUCGUUACCAAAAUAAGAAGAGGAUUCUUGCACUGCGUGCCCAAUAGAGUUCGUUACCAAAAGGGAAAUGACUGAAUAUCCCAUGAAAAAUUUUACCUUUCUCAGUUACACAGGUUCAUAUUGACAUCAUGAUAAAAACCGACUAUAUCUUGAGAUGUUUCUCAAAGUUAAAAAAGUUGGUGAAAUGUCAAAAUUUGGGGAACCGUUAAAAAAAGCUUUUGACUAGCCAAGUGUGCCUUUCGUCCACACGUACACGGAUAGCCGCAUGAUAGGUGCGAACGUUAGGAAACUUGUCGAAGUUUCUCGUUGGGAGCAAAAACAAUAACGAAAACAGCACGAGCUAGGGUAGACAUUUAAACACUGUAUCUACCAGCCGUUUAACUUCUAAUAACAAUAUCGAUACAUUAUCAAGGAAAAACAAUAAGGAGAAUAGACAAAUUCAUCAUCAAAAGGGUGUCAUCUUGAUUAAUUUACCAGGAAACGAAGCCAUAUGUGAGAGUCAGAACUCAUCCAGCACUUUGAAUUGUUUAAAAUCUGUAUUCCAAAAGCUGCGUUUCGCGUAACAGCUGAUUUGUGAUUCUUCGUAAAACUCGAUUUGUCCUGUAAUGUGAACACUGAUAUGAUAUUCUGCACUAAUUCCGCUCAAAUUAUUUUGGUUGUUAAAGAAAACAACUCCUUAGGGUGCCGUGUUGUAUAUAGUUGUAAAUAAUGAUUGGAAGACUGAACAAGGUAAAUGACGCGUGAAUACUCUGCGAUAAAAGACGUCGACGUGAAUCAGUUUAUCGCAUUUCUCUUUGCACCUCCGGCUCCACUUCGGACACAAGGAGCGGAACACCAAAAAGAGUUCUUUUUCAAGAUUUUUUUCAGGUGAAGCUAACUAUGAACAGUUUUCUGCUGCCUGUUUUCAUUUGUGUCAGCUGGAUGGCUCUAAGUGUUUUCGCGACCGCAAAUUCGUGGUCUUAUAAUGUGACAUCCCAAGAUGGUCCAAAAAACUGGAAAGGUAUCUGCAAAUCUGGAACGGAGCAAUCGCCCAUCAACAUAAAAAUCUCUGAUACUAAGUAUGAGAAGAUGACCGAUUUCAUACUCACGAACUACGAAAAUCAACCCUCUGAAACUAACUUUACAGCUGUAAACAAUGGCAAUAUUGGUACAAUUGUAUUUAAAUUCAAACCGAAAAUCUACUCCGUUCGCGGCGGAGGACUGGAUGGUGUUUUCACCACUGUUCAAUUCCACUUUCACUGGGGGUCGGAUAAAACAAAAGGAUCAGAACACACUUUGGACGGAAAGGCGUACGCCGCUGAGUUGCACUUCGUCAGCUACAACACCAGGUACUCAGGAUUUGACGUAGCAAAAAACAAAUCAGACGGGCUUGCCGUGCUUGGAGUGUUCAUCGAGGUUGGUGGUGAAACCAAUCAAGCAUUUUCAUUUCUGACUGAAUAUGCCACAAAACUCGCGAACAGUAGCUCGUCAUGGAGCAACAUUCGUCCGUUUGGUCUGGCACCCAUGCUGCCCUGGACCACACUUCAAAAGUACUUCCGGUAUCAUGGCUCAUUAACAAUUCCUGGCUGUCAAGAGAGUGUCACUUGGACACUUUUCAAGGAGUCCGUAAAGAUAUCGAGUGAGCAGAUGAAAAGUUUACGCAACCUCACAAACGCAUCGGGCAAGCAACUGGUUAACAACUAUCGUCCAGUCCAGCCGCUCAACAAAAGGACCGUGAAGAACAGUUUUCUACCGCCCUCUUGCCCAGUAAUACGUUCUACCAGCAUCAUCAUCGAUAUAAACGCUGGCCUCUUCUCACUAAUGUUGCUCUCUGCACUCUUUGGACACUGAUUGUGUUCGCAGUGAACAUUUUUUAUAUGGCCCCAUUUUCAAAGAAGCUUAGUUACACAAAUGGAGUAGUUUACACGUACGUAAACCAUGAAGCCUGAUGUAUAGUUACCAAAUUCUGUCGAAGAACACUCAGACGCAGACAUCCAUAGUUUCAGCGGAAGAUAAUCACGCAACUAGAGUUUUUCCUAAAUAUUUUAAAGUUUUGUUUCCUACUUAUGUUAAAGUAAAGAGAAAAUAACUCAACAAAAAGCUUUUGCCAUCUUAAAUAAAGACGUCUUUUGCACUUGCA